AUAGAAUUUGUGUUUCGCUAGUCGCUGACAAAAUGACCAAGGAGAAGGUUAUCUUAGCUUAUUCGGGUGGUUUGGACACCAGCUGCAUCCUCAAAUGGUUGCUGGAGAAGAACUAUGAAGUCAUCUGCUACAUGGCCAAUAUUGGCCAGGAGGAAGACUUUGAUGCUGCCCACCAAAAGGCUAUGAAAAUCGGCGCCUCUAAGGUCGUCAUUGAUGACCUUAGAGAAUCGUUCGUGAACGAUUACGUCUGGCCAGCAAUCCGUUCAGGAUUGAUCUAUGAGAACCGUUAUCUUCUUGGUACAUCUUUGGCACGUCCAUGCAUUUCGGUGGGACUCAUGAAAUGCGCUCAAGCUAAUGGCGCUCAGUACAUUUCCCACGGAGCGACGGGAAAAGGUAACGACCAGGUCCGAUUCGAGUUGUCCUGCUACUACAUCUGUCCCAAGAUCAAGGUGAUCGCACCAUGGCGUAUGGACGAGUUCUGCAAGCGCUUCCAAGGUCGUCAAGAUCUUCUGAAGUACGCCGCUGAGAACGGCAUCCCGGUUUCCGUGACUCCUAAGGCACCUUGGAGCAUGGACGCCAAUCUCAUGCACAUCAGCUACGAGUCCGGAAUCUUGGAGAACCCAAACACCGAAGCACCGGAAGAUCUCUUCAUGAUGACCAAGAACCCGCUCACCUGCACCUUGAAACCGAUGAGAAUCGAAAUCGAAUUCUGCAAGGGAGUACCUGUUCAAUUGAAGACAGCCGACAAAGUCAUCAAGGAUAAUCUCCAGAUUUUCUUGUACUUGAACAAACUAGGAGGAGACUUUGGUAUCGGCAGAAUCGACAUCGUUGAAAACAGAUUCAUUGGUCUUAAAUCUCGCGGUGUAUACGAAACCCCAGCUGGUUUCAUUCUGCACGAAGCACACACCGAUUUGGAGGUCUUCUGCAUGGAUAAAGAAAUGUACCGCGUCAAGCAGAGCCUGCGCGACAGAUUAUCCGAUUACGUUUACAACGGAUUCUGGUUCUCACCGGAAGGUAAUUACGUAAGGAAGUGCAUUGAGCUUGCCGAGGAGAACAUCACCGGCAAUGUUAAGUUACUGUUGCAUCCAGGAGCAGUAACCGUUUUGGGACGCAGCUCUGCGUACUCCACCUACAAUGAGGAUUUGGUGUCCAUGGACAAACACGCCGAUUUCAGCCCAGAAGAUGCUUCCGGUUUCAUCAACAUCCAAGCAAUUCGUCUUAAGGAAUUCAGGAGACUGAACAUCAACCAAUGAAUAUUCAAUAUAAUUUGAACAAGAUUAAAACAACUACAAAUACAACUUACAACUAA